CACUUAACCACUUUUAUCACUCAUUAGUUCUCUCUAAACAUUCACAAUCUUUGAAGGUUGAGGAGAUUGUUUUUAAUUUUGAGAUAUGCCUUCAAAAUCUUUAGCAUCAACAGCCCUCCUUCUCGCUCUCAACCUCCUCUUCUUCACUUUGGUAACCUCCACCAGUGUCCCAGCUUGCACACCAACACCUCCUAAUAAAGAUCACAAUCACAUUGAUCAUCCCAAGCCCAAGCCCUCAAAGGAAACUUGCCCAAGAGAUGCCGUAAAGCUUGGUGUUUGUGCCAAUGUGUUGAAGAGUUUGUUGAACGUUGAACUUGGUAAGCCACCAAAGAAGCCAUGCUGCAGUCUCCUUGAGGGUUUGGUUGAUCUCGAAGCCGCUGUUUGCCUUUGCACUGCCCUUAAGGCUAAUGUUUUGGGUAUUGUCAACCCAAACAUUCCAAUUUCAUUGAGCUUACUCCUCAAUUACUGUGGCAAGCACGUUCCCUCCGGUUUCCAAUGUGCAUAAGUUAAUUUGCCUUGUCAUUAUUUCAGGCACCUUGAUUUUCUAUAUGAUUUGUUUGGACUUGAGCAUUUUCUACUUGCGAUGCCAUGCAUCGAGCUUAUUAAAUAAUUUUCUCCCUUUCCAAAUCGUUUUUAGUUAGAUCGAAGGCGUAUCGUCACCUUCUUUCUUGUUUUUUUUGGUUUAUUUCAUAUCUUUCAAAUAAGAAUGCAAUAUUGAUAAUUUUU